UUUAAAAUUCAGUCCGGUCACGCUUUUGUUCAAAACGCUAAUUUUAUUCAGAAGUUUGUUUAAGUUUACGUUUUUGUUUAUUCUGUUUAUGAGCGUGACAUAAACUAAGGACCAUGUCGCUCACAGAUAUUUUGGAACUAAACAAGGAGGAAUUAUUCGAGAAGAUCCGCCAUGGCCUGCCGCUGGUGCAAAAAACCCAAAACUUGCUGGACUGCAAGGACGACCUGCUGUUCGCCUGGGACGCAAAGGACAGCUGCCUGCUAGUGCGCAACUGGCGUGCCUCGCUAACGGAUCCGGAGGGCAAGCAUGCCUCCGGCGGCAUACAGUGUCAGACGCUUAUACCGGCCAACGCCGUGGGCCUAGAUGUGGACCGCGUGCUGGCUUCCAACGAGGGGUCUUUGGUGGCGCUGGGUGGUCCGCGCGGCGUUACCAUCCUCGAGCUACCACGCCGCUGGGGCCCCGACGGUUACUUCAAGGACGGCAAGGCGAAGAUCACAUGCCGCACAUUCAGCCUGGAUACACAGCUGUUCCAGAACAGCCCACUGGAGGUGCGCCAAAUCCGCUGGCAUCCGCACUCAGUCUCCGACUCCACACUGCUGGUGCUGCUUAACAACAACACCAUUCGCGUCUACAACCACGCCAAGUUGCGCCAUGUGUGGCAAGUGGGUCCCUCAGUAAUGCGGGGCACGUCCAACACCUCUCUCACCGACUUUGGUGAGGUGGCCGUCGACUUUGACAUUGCUCCGGCAGUCAAGCCCCGUAAUGCAGAUCAGGAUAAUGUAACUACGGCCGACACUACAGCCAGUCAGAGAAACCAGACCUUGCAGGCGGCGAAAUCCGUGCAGAAGCAGGCGAAGAUCGAGUGGCCCGUGUUGGUGCUGCGCGAGAACGGCAACAUCUAUAUCCUACUGACUGGCCUAGACUCGGAGAAGACGCGUCUGCAGGGCCCCAUUACCAUUACGCCCCAAGCUCGCGACAAUUAUGGUCUAGAGUCGUGCGCCCUUAUGGUCAUUCCUUCGCUGCCGCCUACCGUGGUGAUGGCCGAAUCCAAUGGAAAGCUGCAUCAUGCCUUGCUCAUGGAGGCGGAGGCCGCCGAGCAUUCGUUCAACGAGGUGGAUGACUUUGUACUAAUCGAGCCCGCCGAGUAUGUCAUACACGUUUUGGAGACAGUGGAAUUGGAGCUGGGUCUCUCGUCAUCUUCGAAAACUGGAGCUGGGACCGCCUACAACUGCCCCAUCCACUUGAAACGUGAUCUGAUAAACGAGCUACGGUACUUUGCCUACCACAACGCCGGCCUGCAUGUGGUCACCGUGAGCUUCAUCUCAGAGUUGCAGCGCUACCUAGACAGCGAGGCCGAGCAUGAUAGACUAGAGUUGACCGCCUCUUCCCGUGCGGAGUACAUCUUGUGCACCAAGUUCAACUCUAGCGCGGAAAUUAACGCUGUCUUGGGCAUCGCCCUUCUGCAGAUGCCUGCUGGAGUGGUCAUCCUGCUGGGCAGCGGUCAGGUGGUCAGUCUCAAGCUGGUUAUCGAUCCCCAGCUACUGGUGACACCCAGUGAGCACACGAAGACCGGCCUGGAUAUUGAUGAACAGGAGAGUGGACCGUCGUUUGUGGACACGAUCAAGUUGCUGUUGCAACGCAGUGUCAACCAGCCAAUACUGGCGGAUAAGCUCUCCUCGCCCUCCGCGCAGGAGAGCUACGAGCUGCUCAACCAAGCAAUAGAUGUGCUUCGCGAACAGUACCUGAAACGCCACGACCUGGUGAGCACCGCGUUUGCACGCCACAUCAACCAGAUCCAGCUAAAGAAAGAGCAGCAGCUCCAGGAAAUCCAGGAUCUGGAACAGGAACGCGAGCUGAUCAGCGAGCGUGCCCACAAGCUGGCCGAACGCUUUGAGGAGAUAAGUUACAACCAGGAGCUGCUUGUCCGGAAAUGCUACAACCUGAUGAAGCAGGCCAAUGCUGCGCUGCCGAACCAUAUUGUCGCCGAGCGUGAGUUCUCCCAGGAGGUGACGCGCCUCAACACGGUCACAAAGGGCUUGGCGGCCAGUUUGGAUGCAGCCAAAAAGUCCCUCAACAAACAGCGCUAUCAUAUCGCCAAGAGUCAGGAGGAGCUCAAACAGAAUGCGUACGAGCUGCCGGAGAACCAGCACCGCACCAUAAAGGAGAUUCUGACCCAACUGACCGGCGAAAUCAAUCGCCAGAUCAUCGACGUUAAGCGCAUCAACAAGAUAGUUGGCAUGUGACGACACACUCUUGUGAUUCGCCACGAUUCCGUUGAUAAAGUAAAGCUGAACUGGUGUAAAGGAACUGAAACCUAUUAAUAAUAAAAUAAACACUUUGUCGAUUAAGUCCCCAA